AUGGGUUUGCUAGCACUAGGAACUGCUCUCGAUUGGCCCGAGGCGAAGAAGCGAGCGGAUCAGGUGCGAAAAUGGGGUAUCGAGCAAUUGCUCGCCAAUUGGCGCCGAGCGAAAGGGAAAGAGCGCGAUGCUCUUCUUUGGGGCGAUGAGGUCGAGUACCUUGUUGUCGCCGUUGACAACGAGGCGAAAAAGGCACGAUUAUCUCUUGCUCAGGCCGAGAUUCUCAAGUCCCUGGCUGAGGAUGAAGCCAAUUGGAAAUCUGGAGGGUCAAACAGUAUACAGAACAAGGAACAAUCCCCCUCAUUUUCAUCCGGAAUUCGGUCGCUUUAUGCUGGAGGCUACUCCGGGGCGGCAUGGGGGAUUGAUUUCAAGGAUCUAUUGAAGGUAGAGUCAAACAUGAAGUGGAGACGAGAGGUUGCCAAAUCUCACAUGGCAUCAAAUGAAUAUCCUAUUACUCUUACCACAUUCCCCCGCUUGGGCACGAAAGACGACUACAUUCAGCCAUACUAUCCUCCAUCUGGAGCCGCACUCCGAUCUCAGUUCGUUCCUGAUGAGAUCGCAAAUCCCCACAUUAGGUUUCCAACGCUGGCCGGUAAUAUCAGAUCCAGACGGGGUCGAAAGGUCGAGCUGAAUGUGCCGGUCUUCAAAGAUACAAAUACCCCUGAACCUUUCAAUGAUCCAACGGUGAACUAUGACCUCCACAAUUGGCCUGAAGACGAUGAUGUCAGAAAUGGAGCGGCUAAGGAAGGGCAUGUUUAUAUGGACGCCAUGGCGUUUGGCAUGGGCAGUUGUUGUCUUCAGAUUACCUUCCAGGCAAAGAAUAUGACGGAAGGGAGAAAGUUAUACGACCAACUGAGUCCGCUGGGACCCAUCCUUCUUGCACUUACGGCUGCAACCCCCAUAUACAAGGGUUUCCUUGUCGACACUGACGUUCGGUGGAACCAGAUCGGUAAUGCUGUAGAUGACAGGACCCGUGAAGAACUUGGUGAAGCUCCCUUGAAGAAUGAUCGGUGGAGAAUUCACAAAUCUAGAUACGCAUCAAACUCGACUUAUCUUUCUCAGGACCCUAGGCUGCGGAAGGAGUACUUGGAUCCUGAUUUGAUCGUGGACGAAGAUAUCAAGAAGCGGUUGGUUGAAGGUGGUAUGGAUGAACUUUUGGCCACACAUUUCGCGCAUCUUUUCAUACGCGACCCACUGGUCAUCUUUUCAGAAGACCUAGAAGAAUUGGACCUAAACAAGGCAGACCAUUUCGAGAACCUGCAAUCGACAAAUUGGCAACACAUGCGCUUCAAACCACCGCCGCCGGAAAAAGACGACAUUGGCUGGCGAGUUGAGUUCCGCUCAAUGGAAAUUCAAAUGACCGACUUCGAAAAUGCGGCAUUCAGCAUAUUUAUUGUGCUUGUCACCCGCGCGAUUCUGAGUUUUGACUUGAACUUCUAUAUCCCUAUCCAACGCACGACCGAAAAUAUGGAAACGGCGCAUGCGCGAAAUGCAGUUUUGGAUCGAAAAUUCUACUUCCGCAAGGAUCCGUUCUCUCCUCGUGCACGCAGACCGCACCCACAGUCUUCUACUAAUAGUGAAGUGUCGUCUGCCACGUCAUCCGCCGUUAAUACGCCACCCCCGUCACCUCCACUUAAACCAGUAGAGUCGGAAUAUGAGCUCAUGACUAUCUCAGAUAUCAUCAACGGUUCUGCUGACGGAUCGUUCCCCGGAUUAAUCCCGCUUGUCGAAUCGUACUUGAACAGUGUCAAUGUGGACGUUGAAACGCGCUGCUUUCUGGCAACCUAUCUCGAUCUCAUUCGGAAACGGGCAAACGGAACCCUCUGGACAGGAGCGCGGUGGAUCCGCGAGUAUGUUGCUUCACACCCUGCGUAUAAACAUGAUAGUGUCGUCUCUGAAGAGAUUUGCUACGACCUCGUGAAGGCAGUUGAGGAAAUGUCUGUAAAAGAAGGAAAGAACGGGAGUGUUGGAUGGGAGCUUCUUAGAGGCAAGAAGUAA